GACUUGCUGAGACUCCCGACUCGCUGGCUCCGGAUCCGCGUAACGAACGCGUGUACGAGUACGAUGCAAUACUCGAUACAAGUACGUGCGUUACCGUUCAAGAGCAGUAGUGUGGGUAAUGGUGGAGAAGAAGGUCAAGUAGUGGCCAGCACUUAUCCAGAGCUAGUAGCAGGAGCACCGGCGCAAGUGUCUGUAUUAUCGGCUGGUCACGGGCCAGACGUCUUUCACAUGGACGUACCGUCAGCGGUGAGUGCGGGAAGUAGCAAAGAAGCGACAACAUCAUCCACGUUAGCUGCGCUACCGGGGAAAAUAGCCAAUGCGGUGACACCUACAGUAGUCUCAAAAACUGUCGAAAAAGCGGAAAACGCUGUCGAUGAAGCAAAGGAUGCUGUCAAGGAUGCUAUACAGACUGCAGUGGAGCAAGUACAAGACACAAAGGCUGCUGUGGAAGACAAAGCGGUUCAACUAGUGGAAACGGCGACAGCACUGUCAACAGGCAACUUGGAUGCUUUGAGUUCGACUGGCGGUGAAGGGACUGGCCCGGUGCCUGGAACGAGCAUUAUGGUUAGCUGUGUGCUCAGUCUAAGCUACUCCUAAGCUACUCCGAAGGGUUUAGCGUAUGUCUGUCUCAGUCUAAGCUACUCCUGCCUGAACAUCUCUAAUCCAUUGAGACGUGUAAUCGCAGUCAGUGUGUGUUAUGGCCAUGUUGCAGUGGCGGUUGGGAAAACGUUAGAUCGGCUGCGCUCACCCUUCUCUUCCGAGGCUAGUGGAGGACGUCUCCGAAUUGGUCCACUGAGAAACGCUGACGAAUACCUGGCUGUCCGCAGACUGGUAAAUUAUGGUCCAGCCCAUCUUUAACAACAUCUUCUAGCCCAUUCGUUCUUGGAACUGAUGAUAAAGGAUGUUCCAAAACAAGAUGGGUUGUCCUUGUCGGUGCCUCUAAGUAAAGCAGAGUACAAGUGGAGGUCUCAGUGCCCGGAUCGGUGCAGCGAUAUCGUCUGUGGAGACGAGUCUGGGUCUGGCGAAACAAAAGGCGAAGAACUAUCCUAGAACGACUUUCGUGCGAGAAGAAGUAAGGUACAAAAUUUCUCUGCAAUCGCUGCCUUCAGCUGACGCUAGAGCAGAAGUAGCGGACCCAUUAGUAGGAGGUAAAAGUGCUCCGGUUUUGACACUCGACAGCACCGGUUCUAGGAGUGAAGAGCUCCAUCUACGACCGGGAACACCUCUGGUGAUUGCUGCUUUACCAUCAAGUACUUCUUCAUCUACCGCUUCUUCAGCCUCAGCCUCUUCUGUUUUCGCUACUGGCAUGGAUGAAACCUCGCAGCUUCCACGCUAUAUCCUAGUUCUGAUGGACUCCUCAUACGGCGACAACGAAAACCUUCACCCUACAACCGCUUGCGGUGUCCGAACCAUCAUCAAUCGCGUUGCGCCUGUCCGGAGAGGACCGCAGAUGAACUACAUGGGACCUCGGUUCAGUGCGGCUAGUCAAGUGGUUCUCGCUAAUCGAGAACAUCGCUUGUUUGUGCUGUACAAUGGGGUGCCGAUAUUCGAAAAGAGUGGGGGAACUCGCUCCAGUAGAAGUAGUAGCCCAAGUAAUCAAGAUGACGUAGUCAAGGAGCUAGCCUUCGUCUUGCCGGAAUCUGGAGAAUUCUCGAUGUGGGAUUCGAUAUCAGCCACCGUCCUAGAUACCUGGGCUCACGCGCCGUCUUCGAAACUGGAUUUCAAACCUUCCGACGUGGCGGUAAGCGGCGGAGGGGUUUUGUUUUUUAUGGAUGAUCGUUCUGAGAGUGAUCCAUGGUGUUGACAACAGUACAGUACGUAGCAUUCCCAUUGACAGUCUUGUGCUUGUUCUUAGAUGUUUUCCUUGGACAACAUAGAGACGCGUAGUCGUCCUCCACCUCCUCACCUUCUAAUCGUAACCUCGAGCGACUCUUCCUGCAAGUCUUCCGCUUCGCCCUACUCCUCUGCGCAGCUGGUGGCUUCCUUUUUCUCAUUCUUUGCCUCUUCGGAACUGGUACAGCGAAAUCCACUUUCGCAACUCGCCUGCAGUGCUGUGCUAGACGCAUUCUACAGCGCGCAUCCUACUACACGAAUGGCACUAUAGGAUCCACAACUGCAUUCGGCGCAAGCAAGAAGGGGUAUGAGGACGAGUGGAUAAUUGCAGACAUGGAAAGCGGUCAGGCUGGUCGAGGUAGUGGAGGGGUUGGGAGUAGUGUUCACCCGAUGCAACAAUUUACUGGUGGUAAUGACGUUGCAGCUGCGAAUCACGUGGAAAUGUCCACCACAUCUCCUGAAGCCGCUUAUCACAGUCUUAACGAGGAUUGCAAUCAGCAGGGUGCUGCUGGUGGCUUUAGAUCUCCUCAUCCGGAUCCACAAGGUGCAUUAGGUGGAGGUGGAAUUCCAUCUGCCUAUAACACGGGUUCUCUUUAUAGCACUGGAGGUGGAAUUCCAUCUGCCUAUAACACGGGUUCUCUUUAUAGCACUGGAGGUGGAAUUCCAUCUGCCUAUAACACGGGUUCUCCUUCAUCAGCUGGAGGCACUCUCUACAACCGCGGCGGUGGCCCUUCACAAGGAGGCUACCAACCUCCGCGGUUGCCAACAACUACAACGGGGAGUAUUUGAUUAAAUUAUAGAUACCUGUUGAGUCCCAGUCUCCGAUUUCAAACCCUAACAUCCUACCACUAUUUUCACGUAGCUUGUCUUGAACAUGAACUGAUGUCGGGAAACUUCUAAUCGCGCACACGACUACUAAAAAAUGAACAUUUUGGCAUCAUCCUGGACAAAAUAUCUCGUUUGAUUUGUGCUGUUAUGAAGAUGGCAGCGACAGGAAACGAGACCGCGAGCAACAAAAACAAAGGGAUGAAUUACUUUGAUUUUUGAGGAUAGGCGCUAGACAGACACAAA